GGUGCUUAGAGCUGUACUCGCGCUAUACCCAUUCAUACAGCGGUCAGCAACCUGUGAGGGGGUCCUUUUUGUAGUCCAGCAAAAUUUUAAUAUAAAACAUAAAUUAAAACCCUCUGUCCUUGGUGAAUAGACAUAUACAGGAAGAGACCUGUGACCCCACACAGCCAGCAUGGCAGAAGCGCAUCAGGCAGUGGCCUUUCAGUUCACCGUCACUCCCGAUGGCAUCGACCUGCAGCUCUGCCACGAGGCCCUGCGCCAGGUCUACCUGUCCGGCCUGCACUCCUGGAAGAAGAGGUUCAUCCGCUUCAAGAAUGGGAUCAUGACUGGAGUGUACCCGGGCAGUCCGACGGGGCUGUUCGUGGUGGUGGUGGGGUACAUGUCUUCCACCAAAUACGCCCUGAUGGACCCCUCGCUGGGACUGACCGCCAAACUGGGGGCUCACGUCCCUAUCAGCAGGUACAUGUGUGAGCAGAGCCAGCGCGUGGUGGGCGGAGUCCUGGUGGGCACGGGCCUGUGGGUGUCCAUCAUCUUCAUCAUGAGGAACGCUCUCAAGAGCCUCCUGUCCUGGCACGGCUGGAUGUACGCCCGGCACGGACAGGUGUCCUGGAAAACACGCUUCUGGAUGGUAUUUGUGCGGCUGUUUUCUGGACGCAAGCCGAUGCUGUACAGCUUCCAGAACUCUCUGCCAAGACUGCCUGUGCCCUCCGUGAAGGACACCAUGCAGAGAUACCUGGAGUCAGCCCGCCCCCUCAUGGACGAUGUGCAGUUCAAGAGGAUGGAGGGACUGGCCAAGGAGUUUGAGAAGACCCUGGGCCCCAAGCUGCAGUGGUACCUCAAACUCAAGUCCUGGUGGGCUUCCAAUUACGUCAGCGAUUGGUGGGAAGAGUACAUCUACCUCAGGGGACGCGGGCCCAUCAUGGUGAACAGCAACUACUAUGCGAUGGACUUCCUGUACGUUUUCCCCACCAACCUGCAAGCGGCUCGGGCUGGUAACUCCAUCCACGCCGCCAUGCUGUACAGGAGGAAGCUGGACAGAGCUCAGAUCAAACCUAUUUUCAUUCUGGAGAACAGGGUUCCGCUGUGCUCGGCGCAGUGGGAGCGCAUGUUUAACACGUCCCGCGUCCCCGGCGAGGAGACAGACACGCUCCAGCACGUGAACGAGAGCAAGCACAUCGUGGUGUACCACAAGGGGCGCUAUUUCAAGGUGUGGAUGUUCUACGACGGCCGGCUGCUCCUGCCCAGGGAGAUCGAGCAGCAGAUGGAGAGGAUCCUGGCCGACAAGUCCGAGCCACUGCCAGGGGAGGAGAUGCUGGCAGCGCUCACCGCUGGGGACAGAGUGCCUUGGGCCAACGCCCGCAAGACCUACUUCGGCCGGGGGAAGAACCGGCAGUCCCUGGACGCGGUGGAGAAGGCCGCCUUCUUCGUCACGCUGGACGACACGGAGCAGCGCUUCGACGCGCUGGACCCCGUCCACUCCCUGGCCUCCUACGCCAAGUCCCUCCUGCACGGGAAGUGCUACGACCGAUGGUUUGAUAAGUCUUUCAACCUCAUCGUCUUCAAGAACGGAACCAUGGGGCUGAACGCGGAGCACUCCUGGGCCGACGCCCCCAUCAUCGGCCACCUGUGGGAGCACAUGCUGUCCAUGGACCCUGUGAAGUUGGGGUACACCGAGGCGGGACACUGCAAGGGCGAGAUGCACCCCGCUCUCCCCGGGCCUCAGAGGCUGCAGUGGGACAUCCCGGCAGAGUGUCAGAGCUGCAUAGAGAGCUCCCUGAAGGUGGCCAAGGCGCUGGCCGAUGACGUGGACUCCCACAUCAUCCCCUUCGACAGCUUCGGCAAGGGCCUGAUCAAGAAGUGCAGGAUCAGCCCGGACGCCUUCAUCCAGAUCGCCCUGCAGCUGGCCCACUUCAGGGACAAGGGCAAGUUCUGCCUGACGUAUGAGGCGUCCAUGACGCGGCUGUUCCGGGAGGGCCGGACGGAGACGGUGCGCUCCUGCACCGUGGAGACCUGCGCCUUCGUCCGCUCCAUGAUGAGCGAGAACACGAGAGAGAGCAGGAUGAAGCUGUUCAAGGCUGCGGCAGAGAAGCACCAGCAGCUGUACCGGCUGGCGAUGACGGGGAAGGGCAUCGACCGCCACCUCUUCUGCCUGUACGUGGUGUCCAAAUACCUGGGGGUGGACUCGCCCUUCCUCAAAGAGGUCCUGUCGGAGCCCUGGAGGCUGUCCACCAGCCAGACCCCCCUCCAGCAGGUGGAGCUGUUCGACCUGGUGAAGCACCCUGAGCUUGUGUCCAGCGGGGGCGGCUUCGGCCCGGUGGCUGAUGAUGGCUACGGAGUGUCUUACAUCAUCCUGGGAGAAAACCUGAUAAACUUCCACAUCUCCAGUAAGCUGUCCAGCCCAGAGACGGACUCGCAGCGCUUUGGAGAAAACAUCAAACAGGCCAUGCUGGACAUCCUGGAGCUCUUUCAGCUCAACAACAUCGCCAAGAAGUGAUCGCUGCGCUCCUCGCAAAAAAAUACAUUUUAAAAAACCCGUAAAAGGAAAUGCGUUUUAGCAGGAGAAAACAAGGCCCUCAAAAACCAACGAAUAUCAUCUUCCCUCGGCCUGCUUUUGUGGGAUGAAAUCAAAAAAAAUGAUAUGUUUUAAAAAAAUUGUUUUAAAAAAAAAAAAAAAUAGGAAAAAAGAAAAC